AUGCCGUCCCCAUCACCCCAGAUGCAGCGGGGCGCCCGUGGAGGAAAGGCGCGCGUCUGCAUCCAUUGCGGCCGCAAUUUUCGCCGCACAGAACACCUCGAGCGCCACGUGCGAACCCACACCAAGGAAAAGCCGUUUAUUUGUUUCUGUGGGGCGUCGUUUACUCGACGGGAUCUGCUGAAGCGCCACACACGCUUGGCUCAUCAGGAUGGUCUCACGUCGCCCAAUUCUCAGCCCGAGUCGACGCAAGGAGAACUCUCGGCCACGCAUCCGCCUGCGCCGCCCGCAGCCAUCCCGCAGUACGCUGCACCACCCCAGCCUGCUGGGUCAAUCCCAGGACCUGUGUCCCAGUGGGCUGGGACAUCGCAUGCACCGUAUUUAGAACAAAGCCACCCUGCUAGCAUGCUCCCUGCCGAUGCCCCGAAUCCAGCAUUGGAGGCCCACCCGGGCGUGGUGCAUGAUCCGGACAUGCUCCAAGCGGCGCAACUGCUUCUUCCUGCUCAACCAUUGCCUUAUCUGCCGGAGGAACUCAACCUCAACCAUUUCCAGGAAUUCACGCAUUUCCUGGACUCGAUUGGCCUGCAGGCUGAAUGGCUUCCUGGCGAAGCCGACAUCACACAAACCCAAGACCUCGGGCUUGACGAUGUUCGCGGGCGACGUCAAUCGAUUCAGGAGCCGGCAAGGUCUCGACAGACCCCCGGUGAGGGAUCGCGCGGAGACUCGCCAUUCAGAUCUUGGCUACCGUCCGUGCCACGGCGCGAUCAGAGCUUAGGAACCAUUUCUGAUAGCGAGCCACCCCAGAUGGCCAAAAGACCUUCUAGGUUCAAUGUCACCGAAGACCAACGGUUCCGGCUUGCGGCAUCUCUCGAGGAAUUCCGCAAUGUGAUUCCUGAUUUCGUACUGCCGACCCGUCAUACUCUGACACGGUAUCUCACUUCAUACUUUGAAGGGUUUCAUCCGCAUCUUCCUUUUCUACACAUUCCUACUUUUCGUAUCAACGAGCACACUCCGGAAUUAAUUCUGGGAAUCAUGACAAUUGGGGCCCAGUACAGGUUCGAGCACCGCAAUGCCGAACGGAUCUUUUAUGUGUCCAAGGCAAUUCUGUUCGAGCGGAUGUCGAGGGAAUCGCGCUCCCCGGUCAAACCGACCUACGCUCAAACACCCUUGGGAGUGCCUCCCUACCAUAAUUUCGAUUCACAGUCCCAGGGUGCAAGUGAGGCUACUAUCCUUUGGAGACAGGUGGAAGUCAUCCGUUGCCUCCUCGUCCUCAUGGGCUAUGCCACCUGGGAGCGAGCCGGGCUGGUCCAGGAGGCAUUCCAUCUGCAAGGCUUGUUGGUCCGGCAUCUCCGUGAGUCUGGGCUGACAGAAGAUGCGCGAGGCUCUGAUCCGGCCUCGCUUGAUUGGCAUGAAUGGGCGGACCAGGAGUGUGUGCGGCGUACCAAGCUGAUCUCGUUCUGCUUCAUCCAUAUCCACAGCAUUGCGUACAAUGCCUACCCCUCUCUUCGCAGUAGCGAGAUCCAUCUACGGCUCCCCUGCUCUACUAAAGAGUGGACGGCCGGUAGUGCUGUCGAGUGGGAGGCUGCUCAGCGUGACCGGGGUCCCCAGCAGCUGUUCUUCCAAGAUGCUUUGACUCUUCUCUUGCAGAAGUCCCGGUCGGCCGUGCCGUUGGACCCUAUUCCUGCGCCACUAGGAAACUAUAUCCUUCUUCAUGGCCUUCUCCAACGAAUCCACAUGGUGAGUGAACUGUCACUGCCAAACGGAAAUCACUCCACUACCCUGCCCACGGAGGAGCUGAACAAACUCGAACGAGCACUGCGUUCCUGGACCUCCGUCUGGCAACAAGCCCCAGAAUCAAGUCUCGACCCACACAACGCCAACGGCCCCAUUCCAUUCACAUCUAGUUCGCUUUUGGGUCUUGCAUACGUGCGGCUAUCCUUGAAUCUGGGCCCAUACAGGCGUCUCGAGACCCGCGAUCCAAAUUGUAUAGCGACCGCCCUGCGCCGCUCUCCGCGCCCAGAAAGAAGCUACCGCCUCAUCCCGGCGCUCAUCUACUCCGCCCAUGCGCUAAGUAUCCCAGUGCGUUUGGGGAUUGACCACAUCGCGCGCAGCCAGGCCUUCUUCUGGAGCGUGCGCCACUCGAUCGCCAGUCUGGAGUGUGCGGUGCUGCUCAGCAAAUGGCUGUUCACGCUAGCUGAGGCCGGUGCCGACCAGGCCUUGAGUGAAAACGAAAGCCGCAUUCUGCGCUGGACACACUGCAUCGUCGAAGAGGCUUACUCAUCCAUCGAUCUCGACGACGAUGCCGAGGCUCCCUCGCCCCAACAGCCGGGCGCGCUGGGCAUGGCCGUGCUGAAGUUGUGGGCUCGACUCUUCCGCAAGAACACGCAGUGGCCGUUUAUCAAUGUUCUCGGGCAGAGCCUGGAGCAGUAUAUGGCGAUGAUGUGA